UGUACCGCUACAUGACCGCCCUAGUUGUCUUCAUUGCCAACAUCAAGUUCAUGAAGCUCUUUAGAUUCAACCGUCGCCUGCUGAUCCUGUCCCUGACCCUGAAGAACGCUGGCCAGGAGAUCCUCUACUACCUGAUCGUGUUUGGUAUCGUCUUCAUGGCUUUUAGCUCCAUGGCCUUCAACAUGUACAGCCCGUACCUGAUCGGCUUCAGUACCUUUGGAUCCACCAUUGUCACCCUCUUCUCAACGAUGCUAGGAAAGUUCAAGUUUGCGGAGAUGGUGCAGACUAGCCGUCACCUCGGUCCGCUGUUCUUCUUCUGCUACGUGAUCAUCGUCAUCUUCAUCUGCCUCAACAUGUUCCUGUCCAUCAUCAACGAGGCUUUCACCAGGGUCAGACAGGAGAACGCCAAAUCAGGCAACGAGCUGGAGAUCAUCGACUUCAUGAUGGGCCGCUUCAAGAAGUUUGUCGGGCUGACGCGGCAGCAAAACACGAGGCAGAAGAGCAAGGAGGAAGAGAAGGAGGAGAAGAAGCAUUGUAUUGAGGAUGACGACCCAGUUGAGGUGGGUUGCAAGGAGAUGGAGACGAAGACGGAAGAGAUGCUACUCCGCCUGGAUACCUUUCUCAAGGAGAACUUAUCACCGGAUGACAUCAAGCUCACCCAGAGAAAGAUUGUAAUCUCAGUAUAGAUUAACUCUUAUCCUGCCAUAAUGAAUACAGCCCAGUGCCAAAGAGGUAAACCCCCAUUGUGCCAAGCCACAAAUCCCCCCUGUGCCAAGUUUAUUUUGAGAUAAUCUGAUAAUCGGAUGGUGCGAUCAAUAGUGCGUUCAAAGCACUCAGCACAGUACAAUGAGCAUGAACAAUAACUGCUAUUACGAAUGUGAGCAUGCAUGCAUAAAGCAGCUAAGCUGUGGCUCGCCCUCGUGAAUUAAGCAGCCAAUCGAUAGCGUGCUCGCGUGUACAAAGCACCAUAACGGUUGCGUGCAUGUGGCCUUAUGGCAGGAUAUGAGUUGAAUAUCAGAUGAUGUGAUUUUGUUUUUAGAUUCACCAUCAAUGUAUCAUCAAAAGAAGACCAUUGUUUUAGAGUAGAUGACAAAUCAUGUUGGGAGGAAUGUGGUUCUGCCACUUUACUAUUAGAUUACCCAUUUAUCUUGUAUAUCAAAGCGAAAGUUAGUGGUCUCUGAAUAGAUGACAAAUCAAAUCAAUGUUGCUGUGGUCAUGGUUUUAUAUCUGCUUGCAGAUGUGUUCUAUUUGGUCUCAUA